AUGUCCGACAGCACUAUCACAACGCAAAUUUCCCAAUUGAGGGCGCAGAUUGAAGCUCUUGAGGCGAUAUCGAACAACACAAAGAAAGCGGGCAAUGAUGCUGAUACAGCGCCAAUUGUGGACACGAACGAGGAGCUUUCCGGAUCUGCCACUAUGUCCAAGACACGAGUUGAUGUCGAUGAGCUCGAUGGCCCGAAUCAUUCGAAUUCGAACUCAGAGGUGAACGCCACAGGGCCAAACUCGGCUGAGCUUCAAGCAAACGGAGCAACAUCCGCUGAAUCUGAAUCCACAACAGCAACCACAAUCCCACAAAUAAACCGCGUGACUUGGACACAGUUCAAGAACUCGACCGUGGGAGAGACCCAACGCUACGCGAUCGAUGUGCUGGUGGGCCCGGCAAAGUUCUAUUGGCAGCGACGUAGAGAAGAGUUGGGUCUGCAAAGAGGUGUGACUGAUGAGUCUACUCUUGGACAAAACCAUCUGACCUCCAUGCCUGAUCGAUCAACCCAAGCACAGGACAACUCCUUAGCGACGGACGAGCAUUUAGAGACACAAGUCGAGAUGCCUGAGAGGAUCCGCAUCAAUUGCGAGGAACUGUUGGCAAGCUUGGGAGCUAUAACGGAGUCCUCCGUCGGGACAGAGCCCGUCGUUAUGCUUCGGCCGUACAAACUCUUGGUCCAUCACAAUAGUGCUAUAAAACAGCGGCUCCAGGAGCUAGCAGCGCAACACUCAAAGUCCACAGAAGCAGCAUUGCAAACAGAAGGAUCGAUCGACAAUGGUCAGUCUAUCCCAGCCACUGUAGACGCUGGAAUAACUGGUGAUGAGAAAUCCUCCGAGCACAAUGCCCAUGAGAUUAAGAACGAUCAACUGGAGUUCUCUGCGGAUAGUGCGAGGUCGCAGAUCGAAUUCCGAAGUCUGCAGUGUCUCGUCCAGUUCAUGGACACAGAGAUCAUGCCUGUGUACCAGCGGUAUCGAUUCGGCACCCCGAAUAAAAUCCAUUUUCGUGACCUCUGGUUCCUCUAUCGACCGGGUGACCUCGUGGUAUCAUGGAGAGACCUUGACGCGGAAGAUUCAGCUAUCAAGUCACCCGGAAAAGGACCGCCCGCCAUAUGGAGGGUCCUAUCCGUAUCGAAAGGUCGACCUGUGCUUGGCUUUCCUCACGGGUUUGAAGAGCGAGGCAAUCGACUAAGGCCACCAUCGCCUAGGAUCAAUAAGUUCACAAUACUGUGCCACAUUAUUGCUUACGAUGGCACAUCAUUUGGGCCCCUUGAUCACACGUUCGAAUUCUCAUCCUUCGAAGGUCAGGAAGACAUCGGUACUUUGGACCCUUGCCCGAUUCGAUAUGUUCCAAACUACGCAGAGAUCGAAGCACGAUUGGUCGAGAGGGGUAGGAAAUUUGUGCAAUACACGAGCCCUACCCAUUGUCUUUACAUCGGACUUACUUUGUCCAAGCAUCCCAGCGGUCUCACUUGCAAGACUGCUGAGAAGGCCACGCCAGUAGACGGUCACGUCAUCGUUGAUUUCGAAGAAGCCAAACUUGAGAGUUCUAAUUGGGUGGUAAAUCAUGGAAUGCCCGCAGCAAGUGGUGGUUCCGGGCUCGAGUCGACUGAAGACUAUCCGAGAUCUAUCUGGAAGGACAAAGCACACAAAGUAUUGGAAAAGUCGGAACCUGACGUGAUUUUCGAAGACGAUCAUAUUGACGCUGCCGAUAUGGACGACUUCGUGGCGACCAAUGCCUUUCUUACUGCUCACAAGAGUUCCUCUGGUGAGAACGUGAUCGACCACCGAGCUUUUGAGCGCAUAGACUUCGCUCUCCUUCCCGAUCGCGUUGUAGGUUGGGCGGACCUCAAACUGCCUCGUGGCCACAAGCACAUGGUCCAAGCCCAGAUCAAGACACAUUUCUUGGAGAAACAAUCGCGCCAGAGGCACGCUUUGCAGGAUUUGGAUGUCGACCUAGUUCGCGGAAAAGGGAUGGGACUCAUCAUACUGCUCCACGGUGCCCCAGGUGUAGGUAAAACUUCAACAGCCGAGUGCGUUGCGGAGUCACUUCGAAAGCCACUUUACCCAAUUACCUGUGGCGAUCUGGGGGUUACAGCUAGCGAAGUCGAGAGAGUGUUGAACAGCACGUUUGCUAAGGCUGAGACUUGGGAUUGUGUGCUGCUGCUGGACGAGGCCGACGUCUUCCUUGCGCAAAGAACGAGGACCGAUCUGAAACGAAACGCAAUCGUCUCAGUGUUUCUGCGAGUGCUGGAAUACUAUAAAGGAAUACUCAUCCUCACCACAAACCGGGUAGGCGCAUUCGACGAGGCGUUCAAAUCGCGAAUUCAUCUACAUCUUUACUAUCCAGCCCUCAACAGGGAUCAAACUUUGGCAAUAUGGAAGAUGAAUCUAGACCGAGUCAUCAACCGAAAGCAGGGACGUGUCACUGCUGACGAGCAAGAAAUCAUGCGUUUCGCUGGUGCUCAUUUCGAGCAACACAAGAAAGACAACACAAGAUGGAACGGCCGACAGAUACGAAACGCAUUCCAAACAGCACUCGCAAUGGCUGAGUACGAAUCUCUCGAAGCCGCUGGCCUGGCAGGAGAUUGGGAGGAAAGUGUCGUCCUGGAAGACGUCAAAUCUCAUCUCAAGGUAGCACACUUUGAGACCGUCGCAGAUGCUUCAUCCCAGUUCGACAUGUAUAUCGAAGAGACCAUCGGCAGCACCGAUUCGAAGCGUGCGUUCAUGGACAGGGAUCGCGCAGAUCAUUUCAGGCGCAUGGUACCGACCAACGCCCAAAGUUUCCACCACAACACAUGGCCGUACGGAGCACAAGGAGCUCCUGACCCCUAUACACAGAUGAAGUCAGAUUCCUUUGUAUCCUCUUCCAGAGCCGGUCAAGGCGAGUUCUAUCGUUCGCAAGAACCUCCGUUCCGCCAGGAGCAGCCUUGGCCAGGCCCGAUGCCAGGACAGCCUUCACAAGAGCCAAACAUGCCACAUCCGUACCUGCCCCGCGGAGCAGAGCCUCCAUCUUGGACACACAAGCCAAAUCAUAGUGAGCAUGAAUUCUCAAAUUUUGCAUACACCCAGCCCGAAGGUUUACGGCCACCCACUUCAUCAACGCCUUUGAGUCACGAUCACAGGCCCAUGGCACACAUGCCUGUCACCUCGGGUGCCUCUCAGCGCCAGGAUGAAGAUGGGUAUUAG